AUGUCUUCAAAGCUACUGCAACUGGCACUGGGCGUCCGGCUCUACAGCACGCCGGCUACGGGUCGUUUCCCUGCCCUCAAAGCCCCCAUGUUGCCUCCAGGGACGUUUGAAGGGCGAGUGGCCUUUGUAACGGGAGGGGGGACGGGGCUGGGCAGGGGUAUCACUCAGUGUCUGUCUGCCCUGGGAGCUAGGGUAAUUCCAGUGGCACUGGAUGUCCGCGACCCUGAAUCAGUGAGAAGAGCUGCUGAUCUGACUGUGGAGGGGUGUGGCUGUCUACCUCACAUGGUGGUCAACAACGCCGCUGAACUUUGUCUCUCCAACAGAGAGACUCUCGCCCAAUGCCUUCAAAACCAUAGUCGACAUCGUCCUCAACGGAACUGCUACGUGUCUCUGGAGUUUGGCAAGAGACUCAUAGAUGCAGGGCAAGGGGCCAGUUUCCUGGCCGUAACCACCAAUUACACGGCCCUCGGGUCUCCCUUUGUGGCCCCCAGUGCUGCUGCCAAGGCCGGAGUGGAGGCCCUGACAAAGUGA